AUGGCAAGUUCCCAUAGUUUUGUUAACCUCUUAGCGAGUCAAGGAUCAGUCGACCUUGACUCAGUAGAAACUCCUUUGUUUAGUAGCCAAUGUCCUGAAGAGUCUAGUGUUAAAGAGAGGAGAAAGUGGACUGUGAAGGAUGAUAUAAUUCUCAUUGGUGCUUGGCUCAACACCAGCAAAGAUUCAAUAGUUAGUAAUGAACAAAAAGCUGGUGCCUUCUGGAAGAGGAUUGUCGACUAUUACAACUCCAGUCCUCUCCUGGUUGGGACAGUGCCAAGAGAACUAGGUCAAUGCAAGCAAAGAUGGGCUAGGAUCAAUGAUUUAGUCUGUAAGUUUGCUGGAUGCUACGACAUGGCACUGAGGGAGCAGAGAAGCGGGCAGAAUGAGAACGAUGUGAUGAAGCAAGCGUUGGAUAUCUUCUACAGUGACCAGAACAUGAAGUUCAACUUGGAACAUGCCUGGCGGGAGCUUAGGCACGAUGUUAAAUGGUGCGCAACGUAUCUGGAGAAGGACAAGGAUAAGCGAAAACCAGGGGAUUCUCCAGUUCCAGAGCCAGAAGAGAGACCUAUAGGGGUUAAAGCUGCUAAGGCUGCAGGGAAGAGGCUUAAAACGGGAAAAGAAGAAGAAUUGUCGAAGCUACAAGGACUGUUGGAGACGAAAAAACUAAUCUCCAAGCAAAGUUUGCUAGAAAGUUUGCUUGCAAAGCCCGAGCCUCUCUCUGAGAUGGAAUUAGCUCUCAAAAUGAAACUUUUAUCUGAAAUGUUGUCCUGA